UGUAGUUAAGUACUUAACAGGACAGCCCUAUGGUACAUUAGAACUACAAACAGGAAGUAACAUUUCAUAUUUCCCAAUAACUUUGCCAAGACUUGGCAGUUUCAUUGGGGAAGCUAUUUACUGUCAGUAUGUCUGGUUGUGGUAGGAAAUUUUUUUACUGAUUUACAACAUUUAUUUUUAGCAACUGGUUAAUCAUGUCAGCUCCUCCACCACCCAGUUAUAACGAAAGCAUGCAGCAAAAUCAAGCUCAGCCUGCUGGAGGUAAGCUUUAUUUAAACUUUUAAAAUAGUAAAUUUUCAAUUUAAAAAAAAACAUUUUUAUUUUUAUCAUAUUUAAGCUGUGCAUUUUGAUACUCAUAUUUUUCACAAUAUUUUUACUCUGUACAAUUUGUCAUUCACGCAUUUUUAUUUCACUUUGAGAAGCCAGUUAACCUGUCUUAUAUUUUCCUUAAAGAGAAUGUAUUAUGUGUAACAUUAUGUUUGUUUGCAAUGAAUUACAGAAAUCAUCAUCCUUUCUUUCCAAAAUAUACAUACAUCCUGAAUACUAAUUUUGUUAGGCAAUGAAAUCAUAAAAUAAAUUAGUUCACCAUCAUAAUUUUACUCCCAUGUUCAAAUAAAUAUUGAUAGUUUGUUGAAAGAGGAAUUUUUUAUAUUAAAAAAUGAAUUCUGCUUUAAGUUACAAAAGAUUAUUUCAAUAUAAAGAUAAUUGUGUCCUUAAAAUUUAAUUAAAAAAUUAAUUAGAAUAAAUUGUUCCAAAUAGUUCAAAGGGAGUCUUAGCAGCAACGCUAUUAGUUUGCUUUGCACAGUAAUAAAUUUGGUAUUUUAUUUAGUUAAAGGAUUUUAUUUGGAAACUAAACAGACCUUAGCCUGUUUUAGCUUUAAAAUUGUACUAUAUGCCCAUUUUGCAAAACAAAAUUUAGAUACUUAUGGUAUUGACAACUAGAAAUAUACACAUAUAUUUGUCUAAAGUAAAUGGACAACUUGUUUUAAAGUAUUUGUCUAAGCUUUCAUUUUUUUUUUAAAAGCUUGACAUAAAAAUUAAUUUCUAUUAAACCUAAAAUUUUCUUUGUUGACUACAUAUAUUAUGUCAAAUUGUUUUUUAACAUCAUAUUACUAAAUGCUGUAAUUUAAAUCGACUGACUGCCAUAAUAUAAAUAUAACUAUUUUAUAGGCAUAGUCCAUGUUACUUAAACUUAAGUCUUUAUCUUUAAAAUUUACCCAAAAGAAUUAUAAUAUUUUCAAAUAUUCAUGGUCUCCUGUGAGUUUCUAAAAGCUAUUACAACAAAUAGUAUCUAAGAAAAUCUACAUGUAUUGAUUGAAAUUUUCAGUCUACCAGCAAUCCUAUGGACCUGGGCCUGUAGGAACCUACCCAACACCAUACCCACCCCCUGCAGGAUCUGACUAUCCCCCACCUGCAGGAUCUGACUAUCCCCCACCUGCAGGUGCUUAUAAAACAAGAACUAUUUAUUAUGAUUGUCUUGAUGGUUGAGUUUAAUUUAUGUGGUACUCUCGUAAGAGUACACACCCUUAAAUAAAAAUUAUAAAAAACAUUGUCAGUGAUAUGUUAAUCAAAUUGACAUUUCAGCUUACCAGCCAUCUUAUGGAGCUGUGCCUGCAGGAGCAUACCAACCUCCAUAUCCACCUCAAUCGGGUGGUGCGUAUAACCCAUCUCCGGGUGAAUAUGUCCCUAACAAAGCUGGUACCCCAUACCCACCUCCAUCUGGCUAUGCUUACUCACAGCCAGCUGGGGGUGUCCCUUCAUAUCAGACAAGCAAUCUUGUGGUCCAUAAUCAGACACAGUCUGUUGUUGUAGUUGGAGGGUGUCCUGCUUGCAGGGUGAGUUGCUUUUUGCUUUUUUUAAUAGAGAUCAUAUUUUGCUAUAAUUUUAUUUUCCCACCAAUUGUUAGAAUCUCAAAAUUGAGAACUAAGAGAACUUGAAAGGAUCUUGGCUCACUGCACUGAGCAUGCUAUUCUACAGUCCAGUUUAAUUAUCCAGGAUGUAGCAAGCACUUUGAAGAAUUAAACAUCACUGCCCCAUGUCUGAAAUAGCCCUCAGCUUUUGCAGAAGGACAGGGAACUUUGUAGUAGAUAGUGUUGUGCUGCUAAAAAAAAUUCAAACAAACCUUUUAGCUGUAAAAGGGCAACAUAUUAUUUACCUUAGCAAAUGUUCUAGAUAAUAAUGCCUUACUGAAUACAGGUAUAGCUGCCUUUGUAAGAGAAGACAGCACUGGGUCUUUAAAACUUAAAGUACCACUUUUUUGUUUUUAACCAAGCUCACCCAACUAAUUUCAAUUCAUAUAACACCUUUUUUAAAUAUUUUUUAUAAUCUUUUACUUGCUAAGAACCUAAGAAUUGGGUGAUGUGAAGAGUUAUAUAAAAAUAAUACAUUGAUCGUGGGUCCUCAAAAUAUAGAAGUAGAAGAAAAUUAUUUAUGCAUUCAGUGAACUUCUGGAGUCAACGCAAGUUAACAUUAAUCUGUUUCACAGUAGAAAUGAAAUAUAAUUAUGAAAUGACUAAUUUCUAAAAUUAUGAUCAUAAUAUUAUGAAUCCUUUCUGUUUGACAGGUUGGCGUUCUGGAAGAUGACUUUACUUGCCUUGGAGUAGUUUGUGCUAUUCUUUUCUUUCCCAUCGGUGUCCUUUGUUGUUUGGCCAUGCGUCAGCGCAGAUGCUCAAACUGUGGUGCUGUUUUUGGAUAAAUAUUCAACUUGCAUAUCUCAUCUCGUAUAUUCAUUGAGUUAAUGAAACUAUUAUAUUACUUCAUUGAAGUAAAUACAAUAUUGAUGUUAAUUGAAUCAACAUUAUUAUUAUACUUAUGGAAAUAAGAUUAAUGUGUGUAUUAAAGCACAUCUAUUACCAUUAUACUUUUCAUAAGUCCAACUAGAAAAUCAUCUUUAUUUAUAAUUUUUUGACUUGCUGAAGUAAAAGUUCAAAGGCAUAGUAAUUUCAACGUUUUCAGAGAUGUUUAAGAUAACCUUAAAAUGCGUGAAAUAUUGAAAUGCCUGUUUCUUAACACCAAUGUGAUUUUUUUUUUAAUGUAUAAAGAAUGGUAUAAAUUUUGUUAUACAUUUAUCAGAUUAUGGAUGUCAAACAGGUUUAACUGAGAGCACAUUAGUUUAGCAGAGAAACGAAAUAAAGUUUCUUGACCAAAAAUAUAAAUUAUUAAUUGCAGCAAAGCACCUUAUUUUAAAAGUAUCUUUUAUACAUGUUUAUUUUCUAUUUGUGGGUUUGAUUUUAUGUUCAUGGUGUAAGGAUUACAGCAUUACCAAAUUAAUAUUUUGUUUUAAAACAUUUGUGUGUGGGGUGGGUGGCUUCAUAAUUUUUUCACCAACAUUAUCAGUUAGUUCAUGUCUUUUCAAAGGCAUGUUAAUGGCAGAAACUUCUCUGAUUCAUUUGGGGUUUUAAAUAACAUGUUUGUUAAUGCAUUUUUUAUAUUUUGUGCUUUCCCCCCAAUUCUUACAGUAAUGAACAGUUCAGAUUCGUGUCUGCUAUCAGUUGUCAAAAUUGCAUUGAUUUUAUUCAAGCCAUCAGAAAUAAAUUUAAGCUAUUUUUCCUUAAAUCAAAUCAUCAUUGUCAAUCAUACUUUAUGGUGGUAACAAGUUCAGAUAGUUGUGUAGCUUGCUGAAUUCAAAUACAUCUAAAACAAAUUUUUCAUUCCAUUUUAAACAAAUUGUUAGUUUCAAAUUUAAAAUUAUUUUUAUUAUUUUCUCCAAUUACCAUAAAUUACAAGAUUAGCUAAAUGAAGUUAUAUACCAUAAAUUUCAAGAAUAGAUAAGUGAAGUUUUAUUUUGUUUGCUAUUUCAAAUUUGUGAAUGUUCUGUUAUCUACAUUCUACAAGUCUAUGCUCAAAUUCUGUUACGGGGCAGCUGCUGCUUCAACAAUCCUUUUCAUUAGGAGCUAGUCAAUAUUGAAUAAAAUAAAUAUAUUCAAAUUUAAUUUAGCAGCAAUUAAAACAUUGUCAGAAUUUAUCCCCCAAUUUUUGUUUCUUCUCAGGGUUAACAAAAAGAAAGUCAAUUUAUGAGUAUAUGAACUACUCCCAAUAUAAAUAUGAUCGCAAACUAACAUAACUAUAUAAUUGACAGCAUUUUACAACAGCACAAUAAUUCCAUCCUAUGUUUUCAUGUCUAGUAUCUCCCAUUUGUACCUCUAGCUCUAUAAUUUUAUUCUAUUAUUGGAUUCUCUUAAAUUCAAAUGUACAGAAACUAUUUUGAAAUAUGUUAAAUAUUUUAUGAUUGAAGCCAAUCAAAGAUGUAUAUAAAAAUAAAUAUUGAAAAAACUGUAUAUGUAUGUCCAAUGCUUAGAACACUUGAGCCACAAAAUUUAUAAUUUUAACUUAGUGUCUAACCAAAUGAUCCUCAAUGGAUAAAUAAAGCAAUCAUUUGUUAUUCUUAACAAUGAACAUAUUUGUCUUUGUCAUGAUGUUUUUCUCAGUCUCAUGAAAUUGUUCUGGUGUUGGCUCAUGUUGUCAGAUUGUUGGUCAGUUUGUUGCUUGGGCAAUAAAUUCACUUCUUUACACUAAAAAAGGCAUUUAUUUUGUGUUCUUGCAUUUACUCUAAUUCUAAAUACCAGUAUGUUAAUGUUGUGACUAAUAAAUGGAU